AUGAACCCACAGGUGGAGCACCUGGUCAAGAAGACCUGGGCGAAAUUCUGCUCAACCCCCGAUGACGCCCGCUUAAUGAUCGCCGUCAGCGGUAUUCCAGGCUCUGGCAAGACAGCCCUCGCCAACAUGAUGACCCAGCAAAUCAACAAAAUAUAUGCCUCAGAAAACCCCAGCUCAACACCAAUCGCUACAGCUAUCCCGAUGGAUGGCUACCACCUCACUCGUGCCCAGCUAUCGGCAAUGUCAGAUCCGGACUAUGCAUUCGCGCGCCGCGGCGCAGCAUUCACCUUUGACGGAGAGAAAUUCCUGGCGCUCGUACAAGCUUUACGGAAACCGGUGACACUGGCUUCAACGGCGCUGUAUGCUCCCAGCUUUGAUCAUGCAAUUAAGGACCCCGUUGAUGAUGAUAUUCCGAUCCCGGCGUCUUGUCGAGUCAUCUUUUUCGAAGGAAAUUAUUUAAGUCUGAAUAAGGAGCCGUGGCGCUGUGCAGCCGGGUUGAUGGAUGAAUUGUGGUUUGUAGAUGUUGAUUUUGAGAUUGCGAGGACGAGGUUGGUUAAGAGGCAUGUUAAGGCAGGGAUUGCAAAGGAUGAAGAGGCGGCUGAUAAGAGGGUGAAGGAGAAUGAUUUGGUUAAUGGGAAGGAGAUUGUGGAUUUUAGGCUGCCGAUUCAGGAGAUGGUUUCGAGCAUCUAUGAUCCUACAUGGGAAAAGCCAUGA